CACUGACUUACCGAAAGCCCGUUAUGGUAUUGUAAGUCAAACCAUCAAAUUUGGUCAACUCUUCUAGGACCGCAAGCUUUAGCAAACAAAAACAACCGGCUCUCUAUUCGUGUAAAACAUUAUUUUAUUGUAAUAUGCAAUAACUUGUGGUUGAGGGUACUAAUUAGUGCCUCUAAACGCGCAUAUAUACAUAUGUAUAUAUAGUAGUGCCUCUAAACUCUGUUUUCAUCCUAAAACCAAAACAAACACUAGUUUCCUUUCCUGCUUCACUUUUAGUUCUUAAUUGGUACAAUACAUCAACCGCAAUAACAGAAAAAUGAGUGUAGAAGUAUUGGAUGCCACCACCAUUGUCAACUUUGUGGAAGAUGAAGAAGCAUUCCACAUGUUCAUCUGUGAUCGUUUUGCUGACCUUGAUACCAACCAUGAUGGUAUUCUUUCCUAUGCUGAGAUGUUAAAGGAGCUCAAGUCUUUAAGGGUGUUCGAAACUCAUUACGGCAUUGACGUCAAACCCGAGCCAGGUGAGCUUGCUCAGGUUUACAACUCGCUGUUUGAGCUGUUUGAUCACGACUCAAGCGGCACAAUCGAACUGGAAGAGUUUGAGGCAGAGACCAAGAGAAUGAUGCUGGCCAUGGCUAACGGGAUGGGAUUCUUGCCUGUUCAGAUGGUGUUGGAAGAAGACAGCUUCCUCAAGAAAGCUGUUGAACGUGAGACCAGUAAAGUGGUUGCUUAAUCUUAACUUUAAGCAUGUUUGCAAUCAGCCUGAUACAUUAACUAUAAUUGAGUUUGUUCGAGAGUUUAUAUGUUACUAAUUUUUUGUGUUCCUGUCUGUUGCUUCUCUUUUCUUUUCUUUUUCCGUUUAUUUUCUUUUUCGGGUGUAAUUUGAAUAAGCGAUUACAGCUA